UGCUGAUGAAAAACUCAGAGAAGGUACUUCUGUCCCAUGAAAAGGUCUCUUUCCCUGGUUAAAUCAAGCAACAUCCCUUGUUAUGAAUCCCUGACCUAGAAGUGAUGGUUCUCUCAUGCCAAGUUUGGACAAUGGAACAGCUGAAAAGGAACAGUUCUCCCCGGUUUGUGGUGGCUGAAAGAACUUCACCAGAGGAAGCCAGAGAGGUACAGUGGGAGGUAGAUCAGCAGGAGCAGGUUAACUAUCCAUGCUGUGAUGAAGGAGGAUGCUUCAGAUGUGUUGUCAGCCCACCGUACACUAUUUACAUGGGAAAGGACAAGUAUGAAAAUGAAGACCUUAUAAAACAUGGGUGGCCAGAAGACAUUUGGUUUCACGUGGAUAAAUUGUCCUCUGCACAUGUAUACCUCAGAUUACAGAAGGGACAGACUAUAGAAGAUAUUCCUAAAGAGGUACUAACUGACUGUGCUCAGCUUGUGAAAGCAAACAGUAUUCAAGGCUGCAAAAUGAGUAGUGUUACAGUAGUAUAUACUCCUUGGUCUAAUCUGAAGAAAACAGGAGACAUGGAUGUGGGACAGAUAGGAUUUCACAAGCAGAAGGAUGUAAAAACUGUAAUGGUGGAAAAGACAAAUGAAAUUGUAAACAGAUUGGAAAAGACAAAAACUGAACGAUUCCCAGAUUUAGCAGCAGAGAAGGAGGCUAGAGAUAGAGAAGAAAGGAAUGAGAAGAAAGCACAGAUCCAGGAGAUGAAGCGGAAAGAAAGAGAAGAAAUGAAAAAGAAGAAGGAAAUGGAUGAGUUAAAGAUGGCAAUGAUUCAGAUGAGUUCAUGUAAAAUAACUGAAAUGCUGCAACAGUUUUUCCUCGCUGGAUUUCUGCAUGGAGGACAUUGAAAAUGCCAAAAAUUACUGUAUUUGCCUGGUCAUCGUAUCGAUGUUGGCAGUAAUGCAGAAAAUGAGUACCGUCAAUAGUCUUUGUGCAAUGGCUCACUGCAGACAGAUUAGACAUAGGCUUCAUCUUUACUUUAUGGGGAAACAGUUUUCUACAAUAAAAGACAUGUACGAGAAUCAUCUCCUAAAUUCACCAAACAGCAGCUUUGCAGACGUUUUGCUGUUUUUACACAUGAUACAAUUGGUCUAUUCUUUAACUGAUCACAGUGUAAAUUAACAGUAACAUAGGUGGCACAACUUAUAAAUUGGCCUUUUAUAAAUGACACUUUUUUUUUUUUUUUUAGAGUUGCCACUGGAUCAUUAAUUGCUGUUAAAAGUAUUUUAAGUUGCCAUCAAACUUAUAUUUGUAACUUUUAUUACACAAGACAAAUGCUAGCAUGGUUGGAAUGAAACAUCAACUAUAGGUGAAAUAAGCAGUAAAAUCUGUUUAUGCUCUGCUUAUAUGUGUACCUGUAUGUUACAGAUUAAAGUUGUUUAGACAAGA